CCCGCCCGACCCAGAGCGAGAACGCAGCGGGACCGGCCGGAGGACGAUGCCGGUGACCCUGGAACUGCGGCUUCUGCUGCUGGCACUGGCGCUGCGGGGGGAGGCAGCGUCCCCCUCAGUGUCCCCCUCAGUGUCCCCUGCCAUGUCCCCCCCUGAGUCCCCCUCCGAUACGUGUGGGGCAGCGCUGGCGGAUGUGCUGAGGCGGCUGCAGGAGCUCGAGGGACACGUGCAGGCACUGAGGGGACACUGUGGGGACACGGGGGGACCCCAGGCCGGGACAGGCCGGUCGGUGCAGCUCUGUGCGCCCCCUGCCGGCGGCGGCUGCGCCUGCCCCGCCCCCUCGGGCGCGGCCCCGCCCCCGGCCCCGCCCCCCGCGUGCCCGCGCGGCUGCAGUGACCAGGGCCGCUGCGAGCGCGGCCGCUGCCGCUGCUUCCCGGGCUGGGGCGGCCCCGACUGCGCCACGCCCGCCUGCGCCCCGGGCUGGGGCGGGGCCCGCUGCGACAUCGAGGUGCCCUGGGUAACACCACGGUUGGCCUCCCGCACCCCAACGUCCCUGCGCAUCACCUGGCCCCAGCCCCUCGUUCCCCCUGAUGGCUACCGGGUGACACUCGUGCCCCUGGAUGACCCUGUGGCCAUGACAACGCACGAACUGCCCAGCUCUGCUGUCGCCUUCUCAGUGACAGGGCUAUCCCCAGGCCGCCCCUUUGAGCUGCUGGUCCAAGCCCGGCGGGGGCCGCAUCUGGGGGCACCCGGAGUCCUGCGUCUGCGCACAGCGCUCAUCUCGGCUGUGCCCCACCAUGAAGUGUCCCCGGAAUCGCCUCAAGGCUCCCUGGGGUCCCCAGCAGUGGCACCAUCAGCCCGAGGGUCCCCAGAGUCCACAGGAUCCUCAGGGUCACUGGGGUCCCCAGGGUCACUGGUGUCACCCAUAUCACCAGACGUGUUCUUGGGGUCACCCGGGUCUUUGGGGUCACCAGCAUCCCCCAAGGUUCCAGCAUCCCCUGUGGCUCGAGGGUCCCUGGGAUCCCCAGCACCCCCAAGGUCAUCAGUGUCACCAGAAUCCCCAGAGUCACCAGCAUCACCAGAAUUCCCAGGGUCAUCAGUGUCACCAGAUUUCUCAGUGUCACCAGUGUCCCCAGAGUCCCCAGUGUCUCCAGAGUUCCCAGAAUUGCCAGGAUCCCCAGAGUCCCCAGUGUUCCCAGGGUCCCCUCCACCCCCGUGGUCCCCACUGUCCCCGUGGGCCCCACUGUCCCCAGGCAUCCCCUCCCUGCAGGACCUGGUGGCCCGGCUGUCCCCGUACAGUGGAUCCCUGCUCCAGCGUCUUGAGAGCCACCUUCGGGCUACCAACUUCCCUCUCCGUGGCAAUCAGACAGUGCCAGGGGUGGCCCAUGCCAUCCUGGCCUACAUCCUGCGCCGGCACCCAGCCCUGGGGAGAGGACAGGGACCCACAGGGGAGGGUGGAAACCAGGAGCCGGUGCUGGAAUGGGGGGACAUGGAUGGGAUGGAGCCGAUGGAGCCAUGGAAGAACAUGGGGAAAACAGUCAAAGCCGAGCCAGAGGAGCUGCGUCCAUCCCGGCCAGUCCUGGGUGACCUCAGUGUCACCAGUGUCACCCCCAGCUCCAUGCGGCUGCAGUGGAGUGUCCCCAAGGACUCCUUUGACUCCUUCAUGCUGCAGUACCGGGAUGCCCAGGGCCAGCCCCAGGCCCUGCCCAUUGAUGGUGGGUCUCGCUCAGUGACGGUGCUGGGGCUGUCCCCAUCUCGCCGGUACCGCUUCCACCUCUAUGGGUUGCGGGGUGGGAAGAGGAUCGACCGCGUCUCCAUUGAUGUCAUCACAGCUGCAACACAGCCAGAGGAGCUCCUCCUGCCCUCAGAGGAACCUCAAGAUGAGAAACGCCAAACUGAGUCCCCCACAUCCGAGGCACCCCUGGUGUGGGCAGUGCUGGAGGAGCUGAGGGUCUCCAGUGUCACACCCAACUCUGUGCAGCUUCAGUGGAGUGUCCCUGAGGGCUCCUUUGAGUCCUUCAUGUUGCAGUACCGGGAUGCCCAAGGCCAGCCCCAGGCCCUGCCCAUCGAUGGCGGGUCCCACUCGGUGACGGUGCCGGGGCUGUCCCCAUCCCAUCGGUACCGCUUCCACCUCUAUGGGCUGCAGGGCAGGAAGAAGAUUGACCAUGUCUCCACUGAGGCUGUGACAGGCACAGAAGAGCAAGAGGAGCUGCCCCUGCCCUCAGAGGAGCAAAAACAUGAGAAACUCCAAACUGAGGCCCCUCCAUCUGAUGCUCCCCCAGUGCGGGCAAUGCUGGGAGAGCUGAGGGUCUCCAGUGUCACACCCAACUCUGUGCAGCUACAGUGGAGUGUCCUUGAGGGCUCCUUUGACUCCUUCAAGCUGCAGUACCGGGAUGCCCAAGGCCAGCCCCAGGCCCUGCCCAUUGAUGGAAGGUCCCACUUGGUGACAGUGCCGGGGCUGUCCCCAUCCCACCGUUACCACUUCCACCUCUACGGGUUGCAGGGCAGGAAGAAGACUGACCAUGUCUCUAUUGGUAUUAGCACAGCACAGCAAGAGGAGCUGCCCCUGCCAACAGAGGAGCACCAACAGGAGAAGCCUGAAACGAAAUCCCACCCAUCUGAGGGACCCCUGGUGAGGGCGGUGCUGGAGGAGCUGAGGGUCUCCACCAUCACCCCCAGCUCCGUGGGGCUGCAGUGGACUGUCCCCAAGGGCUCCUUCGACUCCUUUAUGCUGCAAUAUCGGGAUGCCCAAGGCCAGCCCCAGGCCCUGCCCAUCGAUGGCGGGUCUCGCUCGGUGACAGUGCCGGGGCUGUCCCCAUCCCAUCGGUACCGCUUCCACCUCUAUGGGCUGCGGGGCAGUAAAAGGAUUGACCGUGUCUCCACCGACGUCGUCACAGCCAACAAAGAACCCUUACCCACUGAGGAGCCCCAACAGGAGAAGCUGGUAACUGAGUUCCCAACAUCUGAGGCACUCCCAGCACGAGCGGUGCUGGGAGAACUGAGGGUCUCCAGUGUCACACCCAACUCUGUGCAGCUGCAGUGGAGUGUCCCUGAGGGCUCCUUUGAGUCCUUCAUGCUGCAGUACCGGGAUGCCCAGGGCCAGCCCCAGGCCCUGCCCAUCGAUGGCGGGUCCCACUCAGUGACGGUGCCGGGGCUGUCCCCGUCUCGCCGGUACCGCUUCCACCUCUAUGGGUUGCGGGGCAGGAAGAAGAUUGACCACGUCUCCACCGAGGUCCUGACAGCUGCAGAAGAGCCAGAGGAGCUGCCCCUGCCCUCAGAGGAACCGCAGCAUGAGAAACCCCAAACUGAGGCCCCUGCAACUGAGGCCACUCCAGCACGGGCAGUGCUGGAGGAGCUGAGGGUCUCCACCAUCACCCCCAGCUCCGUGGGGCUGCAGUGGACUGUCCCCAAGGGCUCCUUCGACUCCUUUAUGCUGCAAUAUCGGGAUGCCCAAGGCCAGCCCCAGGCCCUGCCCAUCGAUGGCGGGUCUCGCUCGGUGACAGUGCCGGGGCUGUCCCCAUCCCAUCGGUACCGCUUCCACCUCUAUGGGCUGCGGGGCAGUAAAAGGAUUGACCGUGUCUCCACUGACGUCGUCACAGCCAGCAAAGAACCCUUACCCACUGAGGAGCCCCAACAGGAGAAGCUGGUAACUGAGUUCCCAACAUCUGUGGCACUCCCAGCACGAGCGGUGCUGGGAGAACUGAGGGUCUCCAGUGUCACACCCAACUCUGUGCAGCUGCAGUGGAAUGUCCCUGAGGGCUCCUUUGAGUCCUUCAUGCUGCAGUACCGGGAUGCCCAGGGCCAGCCCCAGGCCCUGCCCAUCGAUGGCGAGUCCCACUCGGUGACGGUGCCGGGGCUGUCCCCGUCUCGCCGGUACCGCUUCCACCUCUAUGGGUUGCGGGGCAGGAAGAAGAUUGACCACGUCUCCACCGAGGUCCUGACAGCUGCAGAAGAGCCAGAGGAGCUGCCCCUGCCCUCAGAGGAACCGCAGCAUGAGAAACUCCAAACUGAGGCCCCUGCAACUGAGGCCACUCCAGCACGGGCAGUGCUGGAGGAGCUGAGGGUCUCCACCAUCACCCCCAGCUCCGUGGGGCUGCAGUGGACUGUCCCCAAGGGCUCCUUCGACUCCUUUAUGCUGCAAUAUCGGGAUGCCCAAGGCCAGCCCCAGGCCCUGCCCAUCGAUGGCGGGUCUCGCUCGGUGACAGUGCCGGGGCUGUCCCCAUCCCAUCGGUACCGCUUCCACCUCUAUGGGCUGCGGGGCAGUAAAAGGAUUGACCGUGUCUCCACUGACGUCGUCACAGCCAGCAAAGAACCCUUGCCCUCAGAAGAUCCCCAACAGGAGAAGCUGGUAACUGAGUUCCCAACAUCUGAGGCACUCCCAGCACGAGCGGUGCUGGGAGAACUGAGGGUCUCCAGUGUCACACCCAACUCUGUGCAGCUGCAGUGGAGUGUCCCUGAGGGCUCCUUUGAGUCCUUCAUGCUGCAGUACCGGGAUGCCCAGGGCCAGCCCCAGGCCCUGCCCAUCGAUGGCGGGUCCCACUCGGUGAUGGUGCCGGGGCUGUCCCCGUCUCGCCGGUACCGCUUCCACCUCUAUGGGUUGCGGGGCAGGAAGAAGAUUGACCACGUCUCCACCGAGGUCCUGACAGCUGCAGAAGAGCCAGAGGAGCUGCCCCUGCCCUCAGAGGAACCGCAGCAUGAGAAACUCCAAACUGAGGCCCCUGCAACUGAGGCCACUCCAGCACGGGCAGUGCUGGAGGAGCUGAGGGUCUCCACCAUCACCCCCAGCUCUGUGGGGCUGCAGUGGACUGUCCCCAAGGGCUCCUUCGACUCCUUUAUGCUGCAAUAUCGGGAUGCCCAAGGCCAGCCCCAGGCCCUGCCCAUCGAUGGCGGGUCUCGCUCGGUGACAGUGCCGGGGCUGUCCCCAUCCCAUCGGUACCGCUUCCACCUCUAUGGGCUGCGGGGCAGUAAAAGGAUUGACCGUGUCUCCACCGACGUCGUCACAGCCAGCAAAGAACCCUUGCCCUCAGAAGAGCCCCAACAGGAGAAGCUGGUAACUGAGUUCCCAACAUCUGAGGCACUCCCAGCACGAGCGGUGCUGGGAGAACUGAGGGUCUCCAGUGUCACACCCAACUCUGUGCAGCUGCAGUGGAGUGUCCCUGAGGGCUCCUUUGAGUCCUUCAUGCUGCAGUACCGGGAUGCCCAGGGCCAGCCCCAGGCCCUGCCCAUCGAUGGCGGGUCCCACUCGGUGACGGUGCCGGGGCUGUCCCCAUCUCGCUGGUACCGCUUCCACCUCUGUGGGUUGCGGGGCAGGAAGAAGAUUGACCACGUCUCCACCGAGGUCCUGACAGCUGCAGAAGAGCCAGAGGAGCUGCCCCUGCCCUCAGAGGAACCGCAGCAUGAGAAACUCCAAACUGAGGCCCCUGCAACUGAGGUCACUCCAGCACGGGCAGUGCUGGAGGAGCUGAGGGUCUCCACCAUCACCCCCAGCUCCGUGGGGCUGCAGUGGACUGUCCCCAAGGGCUCCUUCGACUCCUUUAUGCUGCAAUAUCGGGAUGCCCAAGGCCAGCCCCAGGCCCUGCCCAUCGAUGGCGGGUCUCGCUCGGUGACAGUGCCGGGGCUGUCCCCAUCCCAUCGGUACCGCUUCCACCUCUAUGGGCUGCGGGGCAGUAAAAGGAUUGACCGUGUCUCCACCGACGUCGUCACAGCCAGCAAAGAACCCUUGCCCUCAGAAGAUCCCCAACAGGAGAAGCUGGUAACUGAGUUCCCAACAUCUGAGGCACUCCCAGCACGAGCGGUGCUGGGAGAACUGAGGGUCUCCAGUGUCACACCCAACUCUGUGCAGCUGCAGUGGAGUGUCCCUGAGGGCUCCUUUGAGUCCUUCAUGCUGCAGUACCGGGAUGCCCAGGGCCAGCCCCAGGCCCUGCCCAUCGAUGGCGGGUCCCACUCGGUGACAGUGCCGGGGCUGUCCCCGUCUCGCCGGUACCGCUUCCACCUCUAUGGGUUGCGGGGCAGGAAGAAGAUUGACCACAUCUCCUCUGAGGUCCUGACAGCUGCAGAAGAGCCAGAGGAGGUGCCCCUGCCCUCAGAGGAACCGCAGCAUGAGAAACUCCAAACUGAGGCCCCUGCAACUGAGGCCACUCCAGCACGGGCAGUGCUGGAGGAGCUGAGGGUCUCCACCAUCACCCCCAGCUCCGUGGGGCUGCAGUGGACUGUCCCCAAGGGCUCCUUCGACUCCUUUAUGCUGCAAUAUCGGGAUGCCCAAGGCCAGCCCCAGGCCCUGCCCAUCGAUGGCGGGUCUCGCUCGGUGACAGUGCCGGGGCUGUCCCCAUCCCAUCGGUACCGCUUCCACCUCUAUGGGCUGCGGGGCAGUAAAAGGAUUGACCGUGUCUCCACUGACGUCGUCACAGCCAGCAAAGAACCCUUACCCACUGAGGAGCCCCAACAGGAGAAGCUGGUAACUGAGUUCCCAACAUCUGAGGCACUCCCAGCACGAGCAGUGCUGGGAGAACUGAGGGUCUCCAGUGUCACACCCAACUCUGUGCAGCUGCAGUGGAGUGUCCCUGAGGGCUCCUUUGAGUCCUUCAUGCUGCAGUACCGGGAUGCCCAGGGCCAGCCCCAGGCCCUGCCCAUCGAUGGCGGGUCCCACUCGGUGACGGUGCCGGGGCUGUCCCCGUCUCGCCGGUACCGCUUCCACCUCUAUGGGUUGCGGGGCAGGAAGAAGAUUGACCACGUCUCCACCGAGGUCCUGACAGCUGCAGAAGAGCCAGAGGAGGUGCCCCUGCCCUCAGAGGAACCGCAGCAUGAGAAACCCCAAACUGAGGCCCCUGCAACUGAGGCCACUCCAGCACGGGCAGUGCUGGAGGAGCUGAGGGUCUCCACCAUUACCCCCAGCUCCGUGGGGCUGCAGUGGACUGUCCCCAAGGGCUCCUUCGACUCCUUUAUGCUGCAAUAUCGGGAUGCCCAAGGCCAGCCCCAGGCGCUGCCCAUCGAUGGCGGGUCUCGCUCGGUGACAGUGCCGGGGCUGUCCCCAUCCCAUCGGUACCGCUUCCACCUCUAUGGGCUGCGGGGCAGUAAAAGGAUUGACCGUGUCUCCACCGACGUCGUCACAGCCAGCAAAGAACCCCUGUCCUCUGAAGAGUCCCAACAGGUGAAGCCGGAAAUUGAGGUCCCAGCAUCUGAGGCAAUCCCGGCACGAGCGGUGCUGGGAGAACUGAGGGUCUCCAGUGUCACACCCAACUCUGUGCAGCUGCAGUGGAGUGUCCCUGAGGGCUCCUUUGAGUCUUUCAUGCUGCAGUACCGGGAUGCCCAGGGCCAGCCCCAGGCCCUGCCCAUCGGUGGCAGGUCCCACUCGGUGACAGUGCCAGAGCUGUCCCCGUCCCAUCGGUACCGCUUCCACCUCUACGGGAUGCAGGGCAGGAAGAAGGUUGACCACGUCUCCACCGAGGUCCUGACAGCUGCAGAAGAGCCAGAGGAGCUGCCCCUGCCCUCAGAGGAACUGCAGCAUGAGAAACUCCAAACUGAGGCCCCUGCAACUGAGGCCACUCCAGCACGGGCAGUGCUGGAGGAGCUGAGGGUCUCCACCAUCACCCCCAGCUCCGUGGGGCUGCAGUGGACUGUCCCCAAGGGCUCCUUCGACUCCUUUAUGCUGCAAUAUCGGGAUGCCCAAGGCCAGCCCCAGGCCCUGCCCAUCGAUGGCGGGUCUCGCUCGGUGACAGUGCCGGGGCUGUCCCCAUCCCAUCGGUACCGCUUCCACCUCUAUGGGCUGCGGGGCAGUAAAAGGAUUGACCGUGUCUCCACCGACGUCGUCACAGCCAGCAAAGAACCCUUGCCCUCAGAAGAGCCCCAACAGGAGAAGCCGGAAAUUGAGUUCCCAACAUCUGAGGCACUCCCAGCACGAGCGGUGCUGGGAGAACUGAGGGUCUCCAGUGUCACACCCAACUCUGUGCAGCUGCAGUGGAGUGUCUCUGAGGGCUCCUUUGAGUCCUUCAUGCUGCAGUACCGGGAUGCCCAGGGCCAGCCCCAGGCCCUGCCCAUCGAUGGCGGGUCCCACUCGGUGACGGUGCCGGGGCUGUCCCCGUCUCGCCGGUACCGCUUCCACCUCUAUGGGUUGCGGGGCAGGAAGAAGAUUGACCACGUCUCCACCGAGGUCCUGACAGCUGCAGAAGAGCCAGAGGAGCUGCCCCUGCCCUCAGAGGAACCGCAGCAUGAGAAACCCCAAACUGAGGCCCCUGCAACUGAGGCCACUCCAGCACAGGCAGUGCUGGAGGAGCUGAGGGUCUCCACCAUCACCCCCAGCUCCGUGGGGCUGCAGUGGACUGUCCCCAAGGGCUCCUUCGACUCCUUUAUGCUGCAAUAUCGGGAUGCCCAAGGCCAGCCCCAGGCGCUGCCCAUCGAUGGCGGGUCUCGCUCGGUGACGGUGCCGGGGCUGUCCCCAUCCCAUCAGUACCGCUUCCACCUCUAUGGGCUGCGGGGCAGUAAAAGGAUUGACCGUGUCUCCACCGACGUCAUCACAGCCACAGACAAGCCAGAGGAGCCACCCUUGCCCUCAGAGGAUCCCAAAACUGAAACCCUGCCAACUGAGGACAAUCAACCUGAGCACCCCCAAACUGAGGUCCCCCCAGCACGAGCAGUGCUGGGAGAGCUGAGGGUCUCCAGUGUCACACCCAACUCUGUGCAGCUGCAGUGGAGUGUCCCUGAGAGCCCCUUUGAGUCCUUCAUGCUGCAGUACCGGGAUGCCCAAGGCCAGCCCCAGGCCCUGCCCAUCGAUGGCGGGUCCCGCUCAGUGACAGUGCUGGAGCUGUCCCCAUCCCAUCGGUACCGCUUCCACCUCUACGGGUUGCAGGGUGGAAAAAGGAUUGACCACAUGUCCACCAAUGUUGCCACAGCCAAGGGCCCCCCAUCUGAGGCCCCCUCAGCACAGGCAGUGCUGGGAGAGCUGAAGGUCUCCAGUGUCACACCCAACUCUGUGCAGCUGCAGUGGAGUGUCCCUGAGGGCUCCUUUGAGUCCUUCAUGCUGCAGUACCGGGAUGCCCAGGGCCAGCCCCAGGCCCUGCCCAUCGAUGGCGGGUCCCACUCGGUGAUGGUGCCGGGGCUGUCCCCGUCUCGCCGGUACCGCUUCCACCUCUAUGGGUUGCGGGGCAGGAAGAAGAUUGACCGUGUCUCCACUGACAUUGUCACAGCUGACAGGGAAGCUACAGCAGUGCCAGAGGAGCUGCCUCUGCCAUCAGAGGAACCCCAAGAUGAGAAACACCAAACUGAGGCCCCCCCAUCUGCAACCCCCCCGGCGUGGGCAGUGCUGAAGGAGCUGAGAGUCUCCAGCAUCACCCCUGACUCUGUGGGACUGCAGUGGAGCGUCCCUGAGGGCCCUUUUGAGUCCUUCAUGCUGCAGUACCGGGAUGCCCAGGGCCAGCCCCAGGCCCUGCCCAUCGAUGGUGGGUCCCGCUCAGUGACAGUGCCAGGGCUGUCCCCGUCUCACCGGUACCGCUUCCACCUCUAUGGGCUGCGGGGCAGGAAGAGGGUCUACCAUACCUCCACUGAAGCUGUUACAGUUGAGUCCCCCUCAACUGACACUCCCUUGGCACGGGCAGUGUUGCGGGAGCUGAGAAUCUCCAGUGUCACGCCCAGCUCUGUGGGGCUGCAGUGGACUGUCCCCAAGGGCUCCUUCGACUCCUUUAUGCUGCAGUAUCGGGAUGCCCAAGGCCAGCCCCAGGUCCUGCCUGUCGAUGGCGGGUCCCGCUCAGUGACGGUGCCAGGGCUGUCCCCAUCCCAUCGGUACCGCUUCCACCUCUAUGGGCUGCGUGGAGGCAAAAGGAUUGACCACGUCUCCACUGACAUCAUCACAGCCACAGCCAAGCCAGAGGAGCUGCCCCUGCCCUCAGAGGAGCCCCAACCUGACGACCCCAAAGCAAAAGACCCCCAAACUGAGGUCCCCGCAUCUGAGGCACGGGCAGUGCUGAGAGAGCUGAGAGUCUCCAGUGUCACACCCAACUCUGUGCAGCUUCAGUGGAGUGUCCCUGAGGGCUCCUUUGAGUCCUUCAUGCUGCAGUACCGGGAUGCCCAGGGCCAGCCCCAGGCCCUGCCCAUCGAUGGCGGGUCCCACUCGGUGACGGUGCCGGGGCUGUCCCCAUCCCACCGGUACCGCUUCCACCUCUACGGGCUGCAGGGUGGGAAGAGGAUUGACCGUGUCUCCACUGAAGCCAUCACUGGCGCCCCAGGGACCCUCUGGGUGGGCUCUGUGUGGCCCCGCAGUGCCUGGCUGCACUGGGACCCCCCCCACGCCCCCCCUGAUGGCUAUGAGCUGGAGUACGGCCCCCCCGGGGGGCCCCAGCAGACCCUGUGGCUGCCUCCCGAGGCUACAUCACAGCAGCUGUGGGGGCUAGAGCCAGCGGGACGCUAUGGGGUGCGCCUGUGGGGCCGAGGGGGAGACCCCCAAACCGCCCCCCUCGAGGCCACGUUCGACACUCCCCCUCUCCCGCACCCGCACCCCCGGGACUGCACCGAGGAGCAGCUGAACGGGCCGGGCCCCUCGCGGGAGACCCUCAUCUUCCUCCGCGGGGACCCGGCCCGGCCCCUCAGGGUCUUCUGUGACAUGGAGACGGACGGCGGCGGCUGGCUGGUGUUCCAGCGCCGCCAGGACGGAGGAACCGACUUUUGGCGGGGGUGGGAGUCGUAUGCCCGCGGCUUCGGCAACGUCAGCGGCGAGUUCUGGCUCGGGAACGAGGCGCUGCACGAGCUGACGGCCGCGGGCCCCACGGAGCUGCGCGUUGACCUGCGCACCGCCCGCGACUCCGCCUUCGCGCUCUAUCGCGACUUCGCUGUCGGCGGCGCCGAGGAGCGAUAUCGGCUCAGAGUGGGGGCGUUCAGCGGCACCGCCGGGGACGCCCUCUCCUACCACUCGGGCAGCCCCUUCUCGACAAGGGACCGGGACUCUCGGGACCCUCGGGACCGCCGCGACCCCUUGGGGCGCCCCCGGCCACCCCCCUGCGCCGUGGCCUACGGGGGCGCCUGGUGGUACCGCAACUGCCACUACGCCAACCUGAACGGGCGCUACGGGACCCCCCGAGACCACCAGGGCAUCCACUGGUUCCCUUGGAAAGGCUUCGACGUCUCCAUCCCCUUCACCGAGAUGAAGCUGCGGCCACAGCGUGGUUGAGGGGGUCCCCUGAGUACUAGGGGGUCCCAGGGUCUAGGGGGGACCCCUGGGUGCUGGGGGGUCCCAGGGUCUGGGGGGCUCUCUGGGUGCUGGGGGGUCCCAGAUGGGACUUGGGGAGGCUCAAAGGUGAAACUUUUAUUGGGGGGUAAUAAAAGCUGAUGUGACUCCCCUGUCCUGUGGUGAACUGGGGUGGGAGAGAGAAGGGAGUCAGGCCAAGGUCAUUCCAGGGUCAAGGUCAUUCCCAGGGCGACUAGGGGCAAGGCAGCUCCAAACGGUCCUUGUGGUUCUGGUCCCAGUGUCCACUGAAGUGCUGGACCUGAUCUCCCCACUGGCCCUGGAGAUGGCGAGAUGUCCCAGCCUGGGCAACAUGAACUUGUGGGCAAGGAUGGGGUGGGGUGGCUCAUCCAGGGAAGCCAAAAAUAGAGGUCAUUGAGUCAGGCAAAGCAAGUCCCUGGAACUGGAGCACCCUGGGUGUCCUCCCAAGACUCAGAGAUGGAUUCGGAUCGUGGUCAUGCCAUGCUCGUCUCCUGGUCAUGGUCAUGUUGUGGUCAUCUCAUUGUCACAGGCAUCUCAUGGUUGUGUCGUAGUCAUCUCAUGUCACGAUCCCAUAGUCAUCACUAUCAUGUCACACUCAUUUAAUGGUCAUGGUCUUCUCAUAGUCAUCUCAAGGUCAUUCAGCUCCUGACCUGGUGAGGGAAUUCAAUCCCUGACCUAGGUGUGGGGGUUCUGUCCAUGCACAGCCACUUUCUGUCCCAGGGUCAUGGAUCCCUUCCAGCACCUCAGGAUUUCUGGGGUCUUUUAUCCCAGAUGAAGAGACAUGCCCUCAACUCUUGUGAC